AUGCCCGAGCUUUCCCGCUCGGAAUCAUUCGACUCACAGGCCAGCAACGAUCCCUUGUCGCCUCUCACACCCGCCACAGAAUAUUCUUUUCCCCGUCCUGCACAAUACACCAUCAACCAGGCCUACACAGUUGAUCCCACCGUGGCGAAGCGUCCCGCCUUUGCAGAAAGCCGCACCACCUCGUACGUAGGGGAAGAAACGCCCGCCACGUCGCCCCUGCCCGAGCAGCGGCAGGGCAAGCGAUAUCCUUGUCGGUAUCGUGAGACGCAUGGAUGCGAGAAGACCUUUACCACCUCUGGACACGCCUCGCGUCACUCUAAAAUUCACACGGCGGAGAAGGCCGUGCAGUGCUCAUUCCCGCUCUGCCAGAAAAAGUUCACCCGCGCCGACAACAUGAAGCAGCACUUGGAAACGCAUUUUAAAGACCGCGCUCGCGGCGCUGCUAGCGCCCAGCGCGCCCAGCAGAGGAUGGCUGCGCGCAACCGCCCCGUGGCCCGCGAGUCGCAGGCUUCGACGACGCGCUCCUGGGAGCCGACCGAGCAGCGACCGUUGCCAUCGCCUCCCCUGGCCUCCCCUAACGGCACCGGCGCGACCUGGGACAUGAGUGGCUUGAAUCUACCCCUCCUGAGUCGCCCUGUCGCCGCCCGCACGCCAAGCAGCGGCCUUGACGCCCUGGCGAUGGCCAUUGCCCACCAGGAGGAGGUCGCCUGA